UUUCUAGUCUUAGAUCAAGAGGAAGUGGUUAUUGCAGAAAAUAUACUGGGACGCAUGCAAAUUGCUCCGGCAUACCCAUACUGAAUUCAAACACAGGCUGUAACCCCUGUAAGAUAGGUUGCUUUUUUUCACUUCUAGCGGCACAGCUCAUCUAUCAGGUUCUGCCACAUUUUAGCUGUUGCUCAAAAUCUCCACAGGCUAAAAUUGUUCAUCCAAAGAAACACAGAGCAGAUCCUGCUGGUGACAGAAUCCUAAAUCAAAGACUUGAGUGUGAAGAUGAAGAUUGCUGCGUUUAACAUUCAGCGCCUUGGGAUAAGUAAAAUCUCCAAACCUGAAGUUGUCUCAACAAUUGUCAAUAUUCUGUUGCGUUAUGACAUCACCCUGAUAAUGGAAGUCACUGACAGGAAAGGAGAAGCCGUUGCAAAGCUGCUUGAGGAGCUGAAUAAACAAGCUCAAAGCCAUUACUCAUCCAAACUAAGCAAACCCCUGGGACGAGGGACUUAUAAGGAACAGUACCUCUUUAUUUAUCGCGAUGAUAUUGUGCAAGUGGAAAGACUCUUUCAAUAUGAUGAUAUGCAGCCAGGUGACGAAGAUGCUUUCUCCAGGGAACCAUUCGUGGUUCAGUUCAAAUGUCAAACCACAGCUGUGCAGGACUUUGUGCUCAUUCCUCAGCACACAUGCCCUGAAGAUUCAGUCAAGGAAAUUGACGAACUCUAUGAUGUCUUCCUGAAGAUCAAAAAGGAGUGGAACAUUGAGAACAUAAUGCUACUUGGGGACUUUAAUGCUGAUGGCAGGUAUGUAUCAAAGAAGAAAAUGGAAACAAUCCGACUCAGAAAGGAUAAAAAUUUCCACUGGCUCAUUGAAGAUGAAGAGGACACUUCCGCUAGGCUAAACACGGACCAGGCCUAUGACAGGAUUGUUGUUUAUGGUGAUAAAUUUUAUCAGGGGAUUGUCCCAAAUUCAGCAAAGCCCUUCAACUUCCAGGAAGCAAUGAAACUGACUGAACAGCAGGCUUUGGAUGUGAGUGAUCACUACCCCAUUGAGGUAGAACUCAAAUUAACUGAGGAGGAGAGAAAUAAACCCGGACAGAAUCAGUGAACACAAGAGCAUUGAGUAGAAUCUGGACAACACGAACACAGCACCAAUCAUGAUUUAAUAGUUGAAUCUUGAUGAAAUCUGAUGUCAUCUUAAUAAAUGUAUCAAUUACAUUUCAGUAGAUUAAAAAUUCCCACUUUUGCCAUCAGGUGCAGUGGUAAAUAUAAA